AUGCGGCGCGUCACGAUCAUCUGCGUCUUCGUAUUGGUGCUUUCGUCGAGCCUAGCCGAGCAGAGAGCCGAAGUGCAAGAGUCCAAAGUUACGAAGGUGGUGGACUUCGGCGAGGCCGAAAUCAAGCCGAGCCCCGGGCGAGUCGACGUUCAACGGAAGCGAGACUCCGGAUAUUCCUACAACAAACCGAGUCGUGUCUCGUCGCAUCCUCGGCUACGCUUCCAGGCGAAUCAGCUCGGGGAUGAAAUCGCAUCUAGGAGCCCCGGUCAGUUGAGCAGACCGUUCGCGAGAUACGGGCCGCCGAGUCACUCGGCCCAUCGUGGCGAACAGCAGCGAAACAAAGUACAGCAUCACGUCAGUCAGCAGCAGUCGAUCAGUUACGACGUCGGUCGGACGCAGCAGGAGGUGCCGAGCCUGAUCAGGAACGUUGAUUUUGCGGACGCGAAUCCGAUCGCUGGCCAGAAUAACGAGCCCUUCGGCAUGCACACGGCGAACUAUCUGCCGCCGCGGAAUCAGAAACUGCCGGCUUACUCCUCGGCGGAUAGUUUCGCCUCGACGUACUCGCCGAGUUCGCCGGGUCAAGUUCAGAGCUCGCAGAACCUCGCGCACUCCCCGAAUCAUCAGAUCUCCGACGCGGCGCUCUUCCUCUCUGAGAACGCCCGUGCGAUUCAGCGAUUGUACGGCGCGCCCGCGAGCAAUCAAGAUUUCGCGCCCAGCUACGAGCAGAUUCAACGGCCGGGCGGCCAAUUGGCCAACUCGGAGAGCACGUCGCCGAAUCCCGGGGACUUGCCGAGCGCGUUGCCGCCGUACGCUUCGGGAACGCUGAACCCGCGGGAGACUCUCGAGCAGAUCCAGUCUCUGGAGAAGGACCGGUUGAUCGUGCAGCUGCAGCAAGCUCUGGCGCAGGCGCAGGGUAGCCCGAGCGUGGCCGAGGCGGCGGGAAGGUACGCUCAGAAUCAAGCGAGUUUCCUUCCGAGUGAGGAACUUCUAGCCUCUGUAAAGCAGCAAAUGAAAUCGCAUGCACCGACGACAGCGCGGACCGUGGCUUUCGCCGGCGGAAGCACAGCCUUUAGUCAGUUUCCUCUCCUGCCAGGGACGACGAUCGAUCCCCUGGGCCUCCCUCUUAGCUACGGCGUCCCGACUACCGCGCAGACCCCGACGACGACGACGGCCGGCGCUCCGUCCGCAGCCGAUGCCGCCACUCAAGUAGCCUCCGCGCUGCCCGCUCCUGAUCAGCCAGGCUCGCCCGUGGGAAUUCCCGUUUACGGUGGGUUCCUGCCUGCUUUCAUCGCCGGGAGCAGCUUUCUUCCUAGUUACGGCACGAACGUCUUCACGCCCGGACCGGUCAGGCAACCCUCCGGCUCGGCGCCUACUCACUUCGGCAUACCCAUUCCUACGGAAUCGCCGCAGAAGCCGAGCUCGGCACCCUCGACGACGAAGCCCGUGUCCUCCCCUAAUCGACCGGGAGUCGCGAUCACGCCGGUGGUGCUGCCGGUUCAACCGGUACGACCCGUCGCGACGCCGGUGCACCCGGUGCAAGCCAACCCCCCCGUGGCGUCGUCCAGCGUGCAGCACUCGUACCUGCAGACCGCGCUGGUCAACCCCGUCCUCUACAAACCGGCCAAAGCGGUCUAUCCGGUGUACUACUACUCCAACGUGGCUUACCAGCUGCAGAAGCCCGGCGCACCGAGUCAUCCGUGGGGCUACGCGCCUUCAUACGCGCAGGCGAAACCGGCGCAAAUAUGGAAAUGA